AUGGGCAUUGGAGCUUGAUGCAACUGUACAUUAUGUUCAGGUUAAGACCAUGCACAUCAGCUUUGAUUUUGUUUCAUGCCAAGCAAAGAGAACAGGCUAAAUGUUCAAGAUGUCCUUUGUCAGUCUUGGAAUCAAUUUCAAGUCCGUGUUCUAGGUGUCGCUGUUGACCACGUCUGCCUCCCAGCCAUGAGUCAAUUCGUCCAUGUGAUGGAAAAAGAGGCUGCGUCUCAAGGCCAUUUUCAAAUUUCAUUGGUGAGCUUGUCAUGUGGUAGGUAGAGAGGCAUCCUGAGCAACACGGAGAUUGUUGUGCUAGAUAUGUCAGCCUACAAAGGACAUCUCUCUCCUUUUUAAAACUUCUCCAAAAAUGUCCUUUCCCAACAGCUCUCCUGCUGCAAAUACGUUUUUAGUUGAUUCGUUGAUUGGCGCUUGCAGAACAGACAGCUUUUACUCCAGCAGCAACAUGUACAUGCCGUCCGGUGCAGAAAUGGGAACUUAUGGAAUGCAAACCUGUGGACUCCUGCCGUCUCUCGGUAAACGAGGGGACGUCAACCACCAAAAUAUGGGCAUGAAUGUCCACUCUUACAUACCUCAAAUUGAUAACUGGACAGAUCCGAAUAGAUCUUGCAGAAUAGAGCAACCAUCCAACCAGAUGCCCAAUUGCACAUUUUCACAAAACAUUAAGGAGGAGAGUAAUUACUGCAUGUAUUCAGACAAGAUAGCAAAGGUCAACUCGUCCGAUGUCCCUGUAUAUUCUAAUAUAAUCCCCGAAUCGUGUUCAGUUGAUGGCCCCGAGAUCCCUGUUCCGGGCUAUUUCAGACUGAGCCAAACUUACGCGAGUGGGAAACACCAGGACUAUGGCCACGAGAUGACGAGUCCAAACACCACAUUGAUGCAGCUCAACAGAAUUACUCCCAAACCGCAGUUGUCUUCCUUUGUCGAAGUGGAAAAGAAAACUGCUGAUAUACCGCAUAACCGGGAGAUAAGCAGGACACCCAUCCCCGCGGAAAGCCCGGAUCCAAAGUCGAGCGCGCAGGAGGAGAAGAAUUGCUCCACUGAAGCUUCAGUCUCCAGCCCAGAGUUGCCAAAGAAGGAAGCGAAAGACAACAAAACUGACCCUCCAACGAGCAAUUGGUUGACUGCAAAAAGCGGCAGGAAGAAAAGAUGCCCCUACACAAAGCACCAGACGCUGGAAUUGGAAAAGGAGUUUUUAUUCAACAUGUACCUGACUCGAGAGCGCCGUCUAGAGAUCAGUAAAGGCGUUAACCUCACCGACAGGCAAGUCAAGAUCUGGUUUCAAAACCGCAGGAUGAAGCUCAAGAAAAUGAGCAGGGAAAACCGAAUUCGGGAACUUACCUCAAAUCUCACCUUUUCGUGAGCAUGCUUACAAAUGCUUGUUUAAUUGUCCCUUUCCUCUCUCUACAAAGUAGUGCUGUGGCAGCAUUGGACUUAUUUUUUUGUUGUUGUUUUUUUUCACUGAAACUGUGACUGUAUUUGCUAUUUUUGUCUCAUUUACAUUGUGACGCAUUGUGUAUUUUGAAUGUUUCAUCACAGGGUACAUACAGGAGGCUAGGUCUUAAAUUAUUAAAAUAUAGUAGGUAUUCAUUAUUGGACUGUUUGGUUUGAUUGAGUCUAAGGAAGUCACAGUGACUUGUUUGUAAGAUUAUUAUUUUUCGGACAUGAAAGCACAUUAAUAGUGGUUGAAUAGUUAAACAUUCGUUUAAGAGUUAAGCGCAAACCGUCAGCUGAAUCGUAAGUAAUCUUCUAAACGUUUCCGCUUAUAAAUGUGGUGAGCAAUGUAAAUGAGUGUACAUCUUAUGCAUGUUUGUGGCAUGUAUCCUGCAAUAAAUUGAUUGUCAAAUGUAA